AAAACGAAAGGUGUAGAAAAAUCAACGAAAGAAACGGAGCAAAACCAAUUUGAAUGUUUAAUUUGUCUUGACACAGCACAAAAUGCAGUUGUUACACAAUGUGGACAUAUGUUUUGUUGGGAAUGUUUACGAGAAUGGCUUACUCGACAAGAGACAUGCCCUAUUUGUAAAUCAAAAGUUACAGUUGAUUCAGUUAUUCCAAUAUACAAUUCUACAACCACAAAUGACCCACGUGGAGCACCUCGUCCUCAAGGACAUUAUACUCAACCACCACCUGCUCCUCAACCAAACCCAUUUUUACCAUUUUUUCCUGGUGGAGUUGGCGGGAAUAUCGCAACUUUUGCCAUUGGAUUUGGAUUUCCUGGGAUGUUGAAUGUUAAUGUUUUUGGAGGUAAUGUGCCUCAAGAACAAUUAACACCAGAACAAAUACAACAAAGAAAAUUCCAAAAAUACCUUAUUUUAGCAUUUGCUCUACUUCCAUUAGUAAUUCGAAUUAUCGCAUUCUUAUUCUGUUAA